AGGACUGACAGCAGUGACUCUUUAGUCAGAGCGGUGAGAUCUUUCUCGGAACAGCAGCUGGAUCAUUUCAAAUACUUUUUUUUUUUCAUAGAAAAGUUCAACUGUGUGCUAGACCUCGCUGGGCAGUAACUACACAGGAGUUUAAAUGUGACCCCCAGAAAACCUACAGAUGCAGAACACUUUAAAUCAUCAUAACAAUGGCAUCAAUCUGGCUUGUGCUGUGGAUAUAUAUUAAUGCCAUGAUAAAAGUGAUCCAAGCAUCAUCAUGUGCUAAGAUUCACACUCCUGCCUCUAUGGUGCUCGCUGGCUCACCUGUAUCAGUGUCCUGCUCCAUCGAGGAUGACUGCCCGCUGACUAAAGGCAAAGACUUUCGUGUGGCAUGGAAGAUUGACAACCAUUUUGUCCCCAGCAAUCUCUCUUACCAGGAGAGUAACAGGACGUAUGGUGUAAUCAUCCCUAGUCUACCAGACACAGGCGCAUUCAUUGCUUGUGCUGUGUGUGAAGAGGAGAACUGCCAAAUUGUCAAUGGAGUUAUAGUUAAAGUGGGAAAUCCUCCAUCUGUUCCUAAAAACCUGAGAUGCUCUUUGAAUCUAACGUUCCCGAGAAGAUUCCUUUGUCAGUGGGAUCCUGGUCAGGAAAUGUCAAAUCUUCCUACAAACCAUACUCUUCACAUAUUUAGGGCGAUGUCAGAAAAUGUUCGAUAUGUGAUCCCACCUGGAGUGCAUUUCUACUCGAUUCCACCGGAAUCUUAUAGUUUCUUUUCAGAGAUGGAGAUUAAUGUGACAGCAGUGAAUGUCUUUGGGAACGCCACCUCUGAAACUUUGAAGCUGAUCCCUCUGGAAACAGCAAUGUUCGACCCUCCGGAGAUUAAGAGGAUUGAAGCAGAUGUGUUGGGCUGCUUAAAUUACAGCUGGAGUCUUGCAAAAUCUCAGCAAUGGUUGAUGACGCAUUUCAGUGUAGAGUUGAGAUUGAAAACAGUGAACAACCAGCUAAACAAAGAGCUGGUGUUUACCUUCUUUAAACAAGAAAACAAAAUAAAUGUGUGUGGCCUCUCUCAUGGGACAAAUUACAGCACCACAAUGCGAGUGAAGUAUACUUCAUUGAGUAAAUGGAGUGAAUGGAGUGAUCUGAAAAUAGCCACCACACUUAUGAAGGCUCCGACUGGAAGCUUGGACACAUGGCUUAAAGUGUAUGAUCAGACUGCACAACUCUACUGGAAGCCCUCAGAAAAGUUCAGUGCCAAUGGCUGGAAUUUGUCAUAUACUGUCGAAUCAAAGGAACCGAAAAAGGCUUUAUGUGUUACACGAGAAAACCACUGCUUUUUCAAUCUCACCAAGUGGGUUAAAAAGGUUUACCUGAGAGCCACUAAUGCAAUGGGGAGCUCGGUUCAUACCAAAGUACCAGUGUAUCGGAGGAGAGGGCUGGGCUCUGUCUCUAAUGUCAGUGUUCAUCCUCAGUCCGAGACGUCAGUGCUCGUCGCGUGGGGACGACCGGCGUCCCCCCAAGUCACAGGAUACGUGCUUGAGUGGAGACCUCUGUGUGAGACACCGGCAGCUCCCUUGUCCUUUACUCUGAUGGACAAAAACAACUCCAGUACCAUAGUAACAGGGUUAAGGCCUUACAAGCCCUAUGAGAUCUCUAUUUAUCCCAAAUAUGUUGACAGGAUUGGACGUCCUCUAACCUUAAUGGCAUACAGCAGUCAGAAAGCACCCUCUGUGGCCCCAGAGUUGAAUGUUACGGAAAUAAGUCAUUCAUAUAUCAAACUUCACUGGGAUGAAGUUCCACUUGAGCAGAGAAAUGGGAUCAUUCAAGGAUAUACCAUUUCCUUUUGGCAUGAGAGGGACAAAAUCAAAGUUAUAACGACUGAGAAGACCAGAAUUGUGGUGAGAGAUCUUCAACCACUUACCAAAUAUUAUGCCCUUGUGACUGUUCAUACGAUGGGUGGAAGUUUAAAUGGAUCAGUUGUGACCCUAGCAACUGGAAAAAUUGAUGGAAUUGAAAUGGUGCUGUUUGUUAUCCCAGCAUGCAUUGGGUUAUCACUUCUCAUCAUCAUCGUUGUGUUUGCCUGUGUUGGGAAAAAUGAACGUGUGAAGAUGUGUUUGUGGCCUAUAAUUCCUGAUCCUGCCAACAGCAGUAUUAAGAGGUGGACCGACACUGACUCGUUGCAGGGCAUGCCUCACUUUAAAGAAGACAUGGAGCCUGUGUUGGUGUAUAUGUCCCACUUCAGUCUUCUUGAUCUGGCUGAGAACGAGCCAUUCAAGAGUGACUAUGUCAAGGAGAACCAGUGGUCACAUGAUAUCGACAGCCAUGAUGAGAGUCAUCCCUCAUUCCAGACCUGUGUCAGAUAUGAUACGGAGCAUGACAAGGAUUCUAUCCCUUAUGCCACAGUUGUUUUCGGUGGUCCGUAUCAAAACCAUUCAUCCUCUCGACCAGCCUACGUUCGCUCCGAGUCCACACAGCCUCUGUUAGGGGCGGACGACCCUGGCAGCCCCCCACCGUAUGAGAAUGUGUCACCAAGCGGCAGUGUUUCUCAAAUACAACACUUCACUACAUUCCCUCAGAAAUCCACUGAAAGUGAGGAGAAUGAAGAACUUUGGGAUGAAUUUCCUAUGCUCAAAUCCUUAGAGAUUAGUGAUAAUGUUCAUAUCUAAAGACAAAUUCAUCCAGGUCCAAACCUGACUGAUUUGGCUCACAUGAGAGAUCUGUUUAUGAAAGUGAUUAGCAAAAAGUAUCUGCCUGUGACUAAUAGGCCCACUCAGUUCCUUUUUGCUUUCGUUUCAUUAUUAACUUAUCGCCAGGGACUGCAUAUAGAUUAAACAGAUAACAUAUAGUAGAACAGACCAGACCACUGGUAUUACAAUGAAUGGGAGAAAAUGGAACUCCCAAAAUGGCAGCUCUAAUAAAGUAAGUCCCACCUUUUCCAAGUAAAAGAGCCAGUCAACAAAAUCACUUCCUGGUGUUUAUAUAAAACUUGAGAAAUCGCAUAGAUGCAUUUUAUGUUAUCCUGCACUUCCGAGUUCAUUCUUUCAUUGUAGCUAAGCAGAAUGUCACAAGUACAUUCAUGUGUUCUUAGCACUGAGAAACUGUAGCAAAUUUCUGCAGCAUUUCAAAAAUAAUAAUAUUAAGGAUAAUGCUACAUGAUAUCCAGUAUAAUGGGUUAAAAUGAGCACAUUUCUGGUUUGUUAUUAUUUCUGGGGCUGUGGGCGUAUAUGAGACAAAAAAUGCUGGCCAACACUGAUGUAUGUUACUUUUUUUUUUUUGGCUGUACUUUUAAUUCAAAAUAUUUUGAUGAUGUGAUAAAUGUU